AUGUCUGUUGCCGAGCACCCCGAGCUCACCAAGGUCGAUUCCGCCGUUGCUGGCUUGACGAUAUCACCUAAGGACGAGAAGGCACCUGAUAAUGCCGACAAGAAGUCUCACAGGCGUACCUCAUCUCAGGCCGAAGGCAUCUACAACAUCAAGGAACUAGAGGAGAAAGGAAUUGAAAUCACUCUGCCUAUUGAAACACAGAAGACUGGAUGGAAGCUAAACACUUCACCAUCAACAGUCGAGGACCGAGACAUCCUCAAACUUCAUCUCGUAAAUCCGCCGGUGAAGAAGAUUGACCUCCAUUUCCCCUUGGGGUUAGAGGUAACGGCCCGUAACAUGAAGGGUGUCACAAUCAAGGAUGCGCUGGACGCAAUUUACAAGCAAUUCAAGAAGAAGGCUGAUGAUGAGCUGGACAAACCCUACCUUGCUGGCUUCGAAUGGGACAAGGAAGAGUGCUGGACACGUCUCGUUGUUCACCAGACCAAGCAGGGUCCACCCCCAGUCACACCAGGCAAGAAGUCAAAGAAGAAGUCAAAGGAGGAAGCAUAG